CACGUAUAUUUAUCGAUGUCUAUAUUGUCCACCCCUAGCUGCUAUCGAAACCGUUGUUUGUUUUUUUUUUGCAAACGCUAAACACUUUGGAAAUCCGGAAAUGGGCGAAGAAACCAGCAAUUCCACACAAAACAAAACUAGGACAAAAACCACCCGACCCAAGGCCGUUUACCAGUGGACAGUGAGUGAUGUCCUGAAGUGGUACCGACGUCACUGCGGCGAAUACAGCCAGUACGAGCAGCUAUUUUCCCAGCAUGAUAUAACUGGUCGAGCUCUCUUGCGCAUCACGGACUCCUCCUUGCAGCGAAUGGGAGUAACGGAUAACCGGGACAGAGAGGCUAUCUGGCGGGAGAUCGUCAAGCAGCGACUCAAGACAGACAUCAUGGAGAUCCGAGACAUGGAGAGGCUUAACAUACAUUAGCUUCAGGAUAAUCUUUAAUAGUUUAUUAUUGUUGUAGACUAGAAUUUAAGACGAUUAAUCAAAUAAUUUUUUAGCUCGAUACAAAAUGAUAAUCUUAAAAAAAGUCCUUGUUUAAUUUAUCAAAUAGCUUAUUAAGUCAAUCUUUAUUUUAUCAGGAGUAUUUAAAAGUAAGCUAAAAUUAAGAGCAGAUUCUUUUUCACUGGAAUAUCAUUUCUUAGAGAUCACUGUUGUAAUACGUUCUUAAUAUCAAUCACGUAACAUGACUAGUUGAUUGCA